CUUGUCGGAGCAACUUAAAUUGAGGGGAAACUUCGGGUUGGAGCCACUUUCUACCCGUAAACAGUUUAGGUGGGAGGGUAGCCGAACUGGUAACAGACAGGUUAGGGUGUUCGCUGUAGCUUUUACAUCUGUUUGUUUCUCAGUGUUUGGUCUCAGUGAGUGAAACAUGAGGUUCAGCGCUGUUGUCGUGUGUGUGUUCCUGCUUUGGGUUGAGGGGUCUCUGGGGGACACACCGGCUAACUGCACCUAUGAGGACCUGCUGGGGACAUGGGUGUUCCAGGUAUCCAAAGGAGGACACGACAAGUCCGUCAACUGCUCUGUAGAAGCUACAACUGAGAGCACAGUGACUGUGACCCUGCAGAAACUGUCUGUGGCCACUAAUGAUCUUGGACAAACAGGCUUCUUCACCCUCAUCUACAACCAGGGCUUCGAGGUGGUCCUCUCUGACUACAAAUGGUUUGCCUUUUUCAAGUACACCCAGGACGGCUCAAAGGUGACCAGCUAUUGUGACCAAACCCUCCCAGGAUGGGUCCAUGAUGUCCUGGGACGCAACUGGGCCUGUUUUGUGGGCAAGAAGGUGAAGCCUGUGCCACCCAAAGUGGAUCCCAAGCCUGUCUUCAGCACCGGACUGCUCCCGAAGCCAUACAAACACAACCUGGACUUCAUUGAUUUAAUCAACACGGUUCAGAGCUCCUGGAAGGCCGUGGCGUAUCCCGAGCAUGAGAUGUACACUCUAAAGGAACUGCAUUACAGAGCAGGAGGCCCCGCCUCCCGUAUCCCUGUGCGUGUUCGGCCUGCCCCUGUGGAGGCAGGUUUAGCCAAGAUGGCGGCAGCUCUCCCUGAGCACUGGGACUGGAGAAACAUUAAUGGCGUCAGCUUUGUUAGCCCUGUCAGAAAUCAAGCGUCCUGCGGAAGCUGUUACUCAUUCGCCACCAUGGGAAUGCUGGAGGCUCGAGUUCGAAUCCUUACAAACAACAGCGAUGCCCCCGUCCUCAGCCCUCAGCAGGUGGUCUCCUGCUCUGAAUACUCCCAAGGUUGCGAUGGGGGCUUUCCCUACCUGAUAGGGAAGUAUGUACAGGAUUUCGGCAUUGUGGAUGAGUCUUGCUUUCCUUACACUGCAAAGGACUCUCCAUGUGACCUUCCUCAAAACUGCGGCCAAAUGUACACAGCAGAGUACGGGUAUGUGGGUGGAUUCUACGGUGGCUGCAGUGAGGUGGCCAUGAUGACUGAGCUGGUCAACAAUGGACCGAUGGCAGUUGCUUUGGAGGUCUACCCUGACUUCAUGCACUACAAGGAAGGCAUCUACCACCACACUGGCCUAGCAGACUCCAUUAAUCCCUUUGAGCUGACCAACCACGCCGUGCUGCUGGUGGGCUAUGGCCGCUGCCACAAGACCGGGCAGAAGUACUGGAUAGUGAAGAACAGCUGGGGCAGCGGAUGGGGCGAGGAGGGCUACUUCCGAAUUCGCCGGGGAAGCGACGAGUGUGCCAUCGAGAGCAUCGCAGUUGCAGCCAGACCCAUCCCCAAAAUGUAGAAGCUUUAAAGUCCAGAUCUGGAUAAAUUAGUGCCUUGAUCACAAUUCUGAAUCCUUUAAAUGUCAUGUAUGCUGUUUUAAUCUAGGUACAAGAUACAGAGCUGUAAUUGGUCACAUAGAACAGGACUGGUUUAACCAGCACAUGCAUAAAUGCAUGAAAAGUUACUGAUUAAGUUUAAUGGAAAUCCUGUGUUUCGGUUUUAAACACAUUAAGCCUAAGAAUGUAGCAACAAUUAACAGUUUUCAAAUUUAGAAAUGUUUACAGAAGUGACUCAAAAUUAUGGAAGGGAAAAGCUAUCAUCGAAUGAAAACAGUGUUAAAACACAAUAUUAAAAAAAAAUUAAAAAACUCUUUAUUUGAUAACUAGUUAGUAGGAUUUUUUAAAUUGCACCACCUAUUAGUUUACAGCCUCUUCUUUCAAAUUUUAAUGAGCUGAAUUCAGUUGAUUUGCUUCUCGAUGUGGAAUUCUGUGUUUUCAUCCAGUAGCUGUUUUGUCCUUUUUAUAUUUUUGCUGAUUUUUAGUGCAGUUGAUUGUUAGCUGCCUCCUAUGAUUCAUGCUGUAACUGUCAACACAAACACAGAACUAAAUGGAUGGGUCAUGCUGUGACAGGACAUUUAAAAGGGAAAUGAUUUACUGUUUGUUUUGAACAAUUGUCAGGUGCAGGACUUUGAUUUUUCUCUGUCUCAGGGAAGCACUGCAGAGAAUUGAUAUAUCUUUAGUUCCUGCUUCAAGUUGACAUUACUGCCAUGUUUUACUGUGGAUUGCUCCCUGUGGAGCAUUUGAAGGGAAUUUCUCUCAAUAAAGGGAUAUCAACACAUUGCAGCUACA